ACAUUGUGUACAUGGGCGACAGUCCAAAGGGUGAUCUUUCCACAACAUCGUCAACGCACACUAGCAUUCUGCAAGAGGCUCUUGGGAGACGAGCUUCAGAAUCAUUGAUGUACAGCUAUAAGAGAAGCUUCAAUGGCUUUGUUGCCAAACUAACCGAGGAAGAGAAGAACAGAAUUGCAAACAUGGAUGCAGUUGUAUCAGUGUUCCCAAAUGGUAGAAAGGAGCUCCAUACAACGAGGUCAUGGGAUUUCGUCGGUUUACCUCAACAAGUUACAAGAAGAACAAGUGUAGAGGCGAGCGACCUUAUAAUAGGAAUGCUAGAUACUGGAAUUUGGCCAGAGUCACAAAGUUUCAAUGAUGAACAUUUUUCUGGUCCUCCAACCAAAUGGAAAGGAACUUGUCAAUCCUCACUUAACUUCACUUGCAAUAAAAAAAUCAUUGGAGCAAAAUACUAUCGAAUUAAUGGAGAAUUUCCUCCGGGAGAUAUCCAAUCUCCAAGGGACACACAAGGACAUGGAUCACAUACAACAUCCAUAGCAGCAGGGCGCUCUGUUAGCAACGCAAGCUUGUAUGGUCUUGGGUCAGGAAUAGCUCGAGGAGAGGUACCUUCUGCAAGGAUAGCUGUGUACAAAAUAUGCUGGUCUGAUAGUUGCUACGAUGCUGAUAUUCUAUCAGCAUUCGAUGAUGCAAUUGCUGAUGGAGUUGAUAUCAUCUCACUCUCAGUAGGAGGGUCUUCACCUUAUCAAUACUUUGAAGAUUCAAUAGCCAUUGGAGCUUUCCAUUCAAUGAAGAAUGGGAUCCUCACGUCGAAUUCUGCAGGCAAUUCUGGUCCUGAUCCUCAAACCGUGACCAAUUUGUCGCCUUGGUCACUCUCAGUUGCUGCUAGUACCAUCGAUAGGAGAUUUGUCACUGAUGUGCAAUUAGGAAAUGGUGAAGUAUAUGAGGGGGUAUCCAUCAACACUUUUGACCUCGAGGACCAGUAUCCACUAGUUUAUGGUGGAGAUGUUCCGAAUACUGAGGCAGGGUAUAAUGGAUCUGAAUCAAGGUACUGUGAAGAAAAUUCAUUGGACAAAAGUAAGGUUAGAGGCAAAAUUGUCCUCUGCGAUUGGACUUACAAUGGAACAAUUAUAGCUGGAGCUGUUGGAGCUAUAAUGCAAGAUGAUUUCAAUGAUGCUGCCUUUUCUUUCCCCAUAUCAUCUACAUACUUGAGCACAAACGAUGGCACCGAAGUUUACAAUUACCUAUAUAAAAUACGGUAUAUAAUACAUGUAUGA